AUGAGUUGCUCAAACAUACAAAAAAUUGAACAAUUGUGCAACAAUAAUUACGAAUCGUGGAAAAUCCAAAUAAAAAGUAUUUUGCGGCUGAAUGAACUAUGGGGUUACGUAAAUGGUACAAUAAUAAAGACGGGAGAAAAUGAUGCAGGGUGGAUCGUGAAGGACGAGAAAGCUCUCGAUUUAAUCAUUCUGAGUCUGCACAAAUCUCAAUUUAAUCAUGUGAAGCGGGUUGAGGCGUCACUGGAAGCAUGGGAGGCGCUGAAGAAAGUGCACGAGUCAAAAGGGCCCAUGAAACAGUGUGUCCUUUUCAAACAACUGUACAGGAUGAGAAAGGAGAGUAACCAAAGCAUGGCCCAGUACAUUGACGAUUUUGUCGAUAAGUUGGAACAACUCACCGAAGCAGGUAUAAAAUUGCCAGAUACAGUCAUACCAAUAAUGUUGUUAUUCUCUCUGCCUAGUCAAUAUGAAACCUUCUGCGUCGCCAUCGAAUCAAGAGAAAAGGUACCUACGCUAGACGAACUAAACGUAAAACUGCUCGAAGAGGAAAUUAGGAAAGCAGAUAAUGAG